ACUGAGGACGUGUGUCAUGUAACCUGGAUUUUUUGUAGUAGAAUUUGCUCUCUUUCCAUCCCAUGAUGUCUGUCCUCACACAGGUCUUCUCGGCAGGUCUCUACCUUGUCCUGCUUUUGGUGGGUGCUGGACUAGCUGUGGUUGCAGUUUUAACAGCGAAGCUUUUGGUGCAACAUGUCUGGUUUACGUGCAAGCUUUCAAGCUUCAGCAAGCCACCGACACACUCCUGGCUUUUAGGGCAUCUGGGACAGCUGAAGAGUACAGAAGAAGGCCUCCAGCAGGUGGAUGAGUUGGUGAAGACAUACAAACACUCCUGCAGCUUUUUCCUCGGCCCUUUCUAUCACCUGGUCAGACUCUUCCACCCUGACUUUGUCAAACCUCUACUCAUGGCACCUGCAAACAUUACAGUGAAAGAUGAGCUCAUUUAUGGCCAUCUGCGUCCAUGGCUUGGACAGAGUAUUUUGUUAAGUAAUGGGGAGGAGUGGUACCGCAGAAGACGGCUGCUGACUCCAGCUUUUCAUUUUGAUAUCCUGAAGAGCUACGUUUCAACGUUUAACAGCUCAGCAAACACUAUGCACGAUAAGUGGCGCCGCCUUGUGGCAGAAGGCAAUUCUAACAUUGAAAUGUUUGACCACAUCACCCUGAUGACUCUGGACAGUUUACUGAAGUGUGCCUUUAGCUACGACAGCAACUGUCAGCAGUGCAGCAGUGAGUAUGUGUCAGCCAUUAUAGAGCUAAGCGACCUUAUCAUGGAGCGUCGGUUCCGGGUUUUACACCACUGGGACUGGAUUUACUGGAAAACACAGCAAGGGAAACAAUUCAAAAAAGCCUUGGACAUUGUGCACAGUUUUACAAGGGAAGUGGUUCAGAAGCGCCGUGCCCUGAUCAACCAGCAGCAGGAAACUGAUGGUUCAUCACAGAAAAGGAAAGACUUUGUUGACAUUAUACUGCUGACAAAAGAUGUGGAUGGACAGGGCCUAACAGAUGAGGAGCUAGAAGCAGAGGCAAACACUUUCAUGUUUGCAGGUCACGACACCACAGCCAGUGCAAUUUGUUGGACGCUGUAUAAUUUAGCACGAUACGACCACUAUCAGGAGAAAUGCAGACAGGAGGUGAUGGAUCUGAUGCAGGGGCGAGAGGAACUGAAAAUAGAGUGGGAGGAUCUGUCCAACCUCCCCUUCACUACCAUGUGCAUCAGGGAGUCUCUGAGGUUGCACUCUCCUGUGCAGGCCGUGACCAGGAAGUACACACAGGAUAUGGUACUGCCAGAAGAUCACACUGUGCCAAAGGGUGCCAUUUGUCUGGUUAGCAUUUAUGGAACACACCACAACCCAGAUGUUUGGACAAACCCACAUGAGUUUGAUCCACUGCGUUUUGAUCCAACAAACACAAAAGGCCGGUCUUCUCAUGCCUUCAUUCCUUUCUCCUCCGGCCCCAGAAACUGCAUCGGUCAGAAAUUCGCCCUGGCAGAGCUGCGAGUUGUUGUGGCGUUGACCUUGCUCAGGUUUCGUCUGACCUUGGGUGUGAAUCCUGAACUCGAGGAGAACUCAGGAGGAGUCCGCCGCCUCCCCCAGCUCGUCCUACGUGCAGAGGGAGGUCUGUGGUUGCAGGCCGAGCCUCUGAAUGCAGAAAAAGAUGAGGAGCAGCAUGAUGAAUGAUCCUUUGCAUUGGAUUUGUAGUCAGAGUUUAUAAAGGCCUUUGUAUUUUGCUUUAUGGAGCCUGUUUUGCAGGCAACUUGAUUAUUUCAAUAUUGCUUUAAAAAUAAAACUUGAUUAUUUAUCGUAUCAUUAUUAAAUGUAUGUUUCCAGCGACUCAUCCAUCUGCAUUGCAUAAAAAUCCCUAA